CGUUCUAGUGUGUGUUCUCCACUGCUCCAACCACAAAAAUUUAUGGCUCCAAUCACUAUUACAACACAAGACUAAUUCUAUUUCUAUUAUUAGUUAUUUUUAAAAAAUCUAGAUCUAGCCUUGACCUACUUCAUUUUCCUAUCGAAGUAAACACAUGUUCAAUCUGAACUGAACGCAGUUUAGUUGUAUCAAAAGUUAUUGGUUUAUAAAAGGAAAAGUCAUGGUUGUAUUAAAAGUUCUAACACUCAACUGUUGGGGAAUUGAAGUACCCAUUGUAUGUAAAUAUCGACACCAACGUAUGCUAGCUAUUGGAAAUUUACUGAGUAAUGGAGAGUAUGACAUUUUGUUUUUACAAGAGGUUUGGAGUAAUUCAGAUUAUAAACUACUGUCUGAUAAAUUAGGCAGUUCAUUGCCCUAUUCUCAUUAUUUUCAUAGUGGUGCUAUAGGAAGUGGAUUGUGCAUUUUUUCAAAGUUUCCAAUCGUAGAAACUUUAUUUCAUCGUUUUCAAAUCAAUGGAUUCCCUCAUAAAAUCCAGCAUGGCGAUUGGUUUGGUGGUAAAGGUGUUGGUUUAUGUAAAAUACAAGUAGAAGAUUUUGAUAUUAAUCUAUAUAUUUCUCACUUACAUGCCGAAUAUAGCCGUACAAAUGAUGUAUAUUUGUCUCACAGGAUUUCGCAAUCGUUUGAAUUAAGUCAAUUUAUAAAGCAUACCUCUCAAAACUGUCAUGUGACUAUUUUUGGUGGAGAUUUGAAUCUACAGACAGAUGAUUUAGGUUAUAAGAUUAUAACAUCUACAGCAUUGUUAGCAGAUGCUUGGAUAACUAAGAAAUCUACAAAAACAGAAAAAGGCUUCACAUGUGACAGAAAAGAGAAUUACUUUACAUCAGCAACUGAUUAUCCCGAUGGUCAGAGAAUAGAUUAUCUAUUGUAUAGAUAUAAUAAUGGUUAUAAUGUAAGUGUAGAAGAAUGUAAUGUAUUAUAUCACCAAGUACCCGGACAGUGUUAUCCUAUAUCUGAUCAUGAACCAGUUGUUGCCAACUUUACAAUAGACAAAUCACCCAAUUCAAAAGGAUUUGCUGAAUCCAUAACACAGGUUGGUAGAAAUCAGCAUUUACAAGAUGCACUGGAGAAACUAGACACAGGAAUGAAAGAGAUUCGAAAUGAUAGAAUGUUUUUUUCUAUUUUAUGUGUGAUAAUGAUUGUAUUAGUAUUUAUUAUACCAAGUUGUGAGUACUAUAGUAUUUUAACAAUAUUAUUAUCACUUAUAGAAGUAGUGUUGGUUCUUGGUGCAGGAUUUUCUGUCAUCUAUGGUUUAGUCAUUAAACUGUCGGAAGAAAAUUCCUUGUACAGCACAAAGUCUGACAUUUUAAAUCUUCUCGGAAAACCUAUCAAACAGUAAUAUCCUGUUACAUGGCCUGUAAUAAUUGUUGUAAGCAAAUAUUAUUCAAAUCUAUCAAUUCUCUCUAAGCCUUAAAUAUAAACAUGAAUUUUGUUUUUAAAAACACCCCGAAAAGCUGAAUAUUAAGUAGCUAAAAGCUUAUAUUAUUUAUACCUUCUGAUUCAUUGAUGACAUAAUACCUAUCAAUGAUAAUAGAACUUUCAACAAAUAUGAACAUAGUCUGUUUCCCUAAACUAGUCCCCAAUAAAGAAAAUACCCUAAAUGAAUAUAGAUAAUGAUAAAUUUAAUGUCAGAAUAUUUGACUAAAGGACAAAUUUGGUUUUUAAAAAUUGUAAAACACGCUUCCCAUAAUAAAAAGUAACACACCAGAUGCUACUCUAUAUAAUGUGUAAUAUUUAUAGACACAUAAUAAUAACCACAGAUAACUAUUUUUAACUGUAUGUAAAGAAAGAACUAUUCUAAAGAACUAUUCUAAAACAACUUUUUUUGUCUUUUCAAUGCACUGCUAAAUUUCGAAACUUACAUACUUUUUUUUUAACAUUCCAAGAUUGACAUUUUUUACAUGUAUAUAGCUGAUCAUAUUUGAUGCAGUGAUACAGUUAAAUUAUAUAAUAUUUUUCUCCUACCAUUCACUAAAAAAGAUGUGCACGAAAUAAUAUAAUCGCUAAAUAUAAUGAGUAGGCUUACUGUCUUAACUUUAUUAUUAUCACAGGGAUGCAAUACGCCAUGUCUAAUCAUUAAUAGCACCAAAGGUUAGCCACCCCUGCACUAGAAUAAUAAAAUGUUUGGGAAAUAAUCUUUUUUCAUGUUCUACUUUUUGUGAGUGCACAUCCAUUCACUUAAAUUGAUAGUGCUAUUAUUUAUUACUUAAAAUGUCUGCGUAUUAUGUGUGUGAUAUGUGUUGCGUGGUGCAGUUUUUCUGCACUUAAUAUUAAGUUAUGAGUAUUUAAGAUUUACACUAUUUUUCUAUUUUAUUCACGCCACCAUCUGUGUGUCUUAGACAAAUAAAGGAAUAAUAAUUUUGCCACCUUUCUUGUACAAGCCAGUCCAUUCUUCAUAAUGUUUUGUUUUUAAUACUCAGGUGUGCUAAUUAAUUACAUAAUAACAGUGUUUACAAUGAAGAACUAAUUUUUGAAAUGUUAAAUUUUUUGAAUACAAGUACAAGUAAAUAUUAUGCUAUAUAUCCUUGGUUCUCAACCUCUAGGUUGCGACCCCAGCUGGGGUUACCAAGCACCUUUCGUGGGGUCGUGGCGGACUACACUGAAACUUUUAAAAAAAAGUUGUUUUAUGAAAAGCAUAUAAAUCUGUCAUCUAUACACCUCUUCCCAUUUUGCCAAUCGUCAUUCCUCCAUUUUUAUAAAGGUGUAAAAAUGCCAAGAAUAAGUUGUCAAAUAUGUAAAACAAUAAUAAAUAUAAACAAAACUCCGAAGGAGUACUGACAUGUUUCGGUAGGUCAGGUCACGCCUUGUCCCGUCAACAAUCAAGUUACACCAUGAAUUAAUGAGUAUAGUUACAGCCAAUACCAAUUAAAGUGGAAAAACCUGUCAUUUUGAACUCUUAAUAAAACUGGAAGUUAUACUUCAAGAUCGAACUUUUUGAUAUUAACGGUUAGUUGACAUCAGGGUCAUCAUAAUAUAUACAAAGAUCAAGGGUCAUUGAAAGGUUAGGUCACCAAACAGAAGAUCAAAAGUCAAACAAAAUUCAAAGUGAAACUGGAAGGAAACGAAAUCGAAAUUAAAAAAUCAGCUCCCUAAGAAUUGUUGCCAUUUGGAGUAGGUUCAAAACAAAAUAAAGUUUUAGAAAAUCGGAAUGGCAACUGAAUAUUGAUUUGAAGGUUUUUUGUAAAAUCCGAUAUGGCGGCCAAAAGGUUGAAAAUGUUAUGAAACAAGGUCUCUGAAAAUGAAAGAUAAUAUCUUGGGCUAACACUACCAUAUGUCAUUUUUGGUCUAUUUUUAAAAUGGAGAGAACUGCUCAUGUUUGGAAAAAAUCGGAAGGCAUCUGUAAUUUCCAGAAGUUUUUGGAAGCCAUCACAAAAAUUCUUAAUAUGCCAUUGUGAAGAAUUCCUUAUGCCUACCAGGUUUCAACUUGAUACCCCAAAUAGUGACAGAGAGACGCCAUCUAGAAUGUCGAAAAAAUGAUGAUAAAAAACUUUGACGCUAAAACUAAUGAAGCGGAUUUCGAAAAGCCGUCAGAGCCCAUAUGGGAUACGUCUAAAGAAUCAAAAAAUGAAAACCCGAAGAAGAAAGAAUGGAGAUAGGGACAAUCUAAGAUUAUUUUUUGUCCCAUCCGUAAAACACUUCCUGUUUGUCAAAAAUAACCCAAUUUAUAUUUAAUGAAUUUUAUAUUGGCAGAAUGUUUGCUCCAUACACAGUUAUGGCUGCAAAAUCCCACUAGGACCCCCCCCCCCCCCCAAAAAAAAACCCCAACAAACUAAACAGUACCCAAUAAAAAUCAUUACAAAAACAAUGUUCCGACCGAAGGUCCGAAACACCUAAUAAUGAAUGAUAAAGGAUUACUUUGUUCUUCGAGGGGUGGCAAUCAGAUGCUAAUUUCUGUAAUGGGGUUGCAACCAACCUAAGGUUGGGAAACACUGCUAUCUGGUUUUCAAAACAACUGCCUGUUUCUGCAAAGGUGCAAUUGUCCACUAGUAAUGUAAAUAUUGGAUUUAGUUAUUUUAAAAGGUAAGCAUAUGAUACUACUAGAAAAUAUUUGUCAAAAAUGAAAUAGUAGAUUUCAUUGGAUUUUAUGUCUUUAAUGAAAAUUUGACAUCAAUAGAUAAAAGCCUGUGUUGAGAAUUGAGAUAUAACCAAUUUAAUGAUAAAGAGCUUGGUUUAUCACUAAUUGAAAAAAAAACUUCUGAUAAAUCCCCGAUUGAAAACUUUGUUUUGACCCAAAUUUUUAAUUGUACCGAAUAAAUACAAUCAUUGAUAUCAGGGCCCUUAUUCACGAAAACUUAAACUAAGAUACAAUCGAAAUUUUAAGCAAUACUGAAAUUAGAUUGGGUGACCAAUAUGCAAAUUGAUUUUACUGGUCAGCCAAUCGAAUUGCAGUAUUUCUUAAAAUUUCGAUUGUAUCUUAGUUUAAGUUUUCGUGAAUAAGGGCCCUGGAUUUAAACGAAGAUCUCAUUCCAUUUCUCUAAGUAUGUAUAGCAUUUAUUAUCAGUGCUUAACAUGUUUUGUUUUAUAUCGGGGCGACAAAUUAAUUUUAAUUUUUAUAAAAAUAUUUAUCAGGACCAAUUUUAAUUUUUAUAAAAAUCUUUAUUUAUACACCAGACAUGUCCAUAAUUUGUCCUUUUAUCUAGCUGGUGAAAAGGGAGUAUUUUUUUGUCCAUGUGUUGCAUAAUAAAAAUUUGGUAUAUUUAUUCAGACAUACUUGUUUGAUUUUAUCUGUUCCAUUCAUAUUGUAAAACUAUAUAUAUAUUUCUUUAUAUUUUCAAUGAGUUUCAAUAUUAACACAAUACAUCAAUUGUUUGCAGGGUUGUUGCCCUUUGAUUCAAGUGAACCUCUAAAUUGGUGUUUUUUUUUGUUUCUACUUUUAGUUUAUGUAACUGCAUUUAUGUUGUAAUUAUGACUUUAAUUAAGAAGAUGUUGUAAUUUUUGAUAUAAGUUUUAUCUGUUUUUAUAUGGUUGUAUGUUGUUUUCCCUGCCGUCAUUCAACACUUACCUUUAUGUACACCAUAGAACUAAGUUAUUAACUUAGUUACCAGUAGUUUUUGUGUAAAUAUGGUUCCCCAUCUCGUUUCUCAAAAGUACAUAUAGUUAUAGAAUUAUAUGGCCCCUGACUGAUAGUCACGCUUCUAAUUUUCAUCAAAUUUUUAGGAAUACUUUGUAUUGGGGUGAGGAGCGUACCUGUAUAUUUUUAGCGUUUUCUAAACGGUUCAGUAUGGCCCCCAACUAAUAUGAUUGCUGAUAAACGUACAUUACUCAUGAAUAACUACUACUAAAGAUAAUCCCUGUCGAAAAAUCUUGUUGGAGGACAGAGCUGCUGGUGAGCGUAUGUUACCUUGCCUGGUAAGCUACCUUUUGUUAUGUUUAUGAUUUACAAUUGUCUUAGGUAAAAUAUACUUAGUUCUCAGAGUAUUGUAGAAUAUUAAAGAUUCAAUAAAUUCUCCAUCACUUGA